AGUUUUGCUCUUUCAAUAGCAGCAGCAGCAGCAGCAGCCAGCUACCAGAUUCCAUCGUUAGUAGUACCAGCUUGUACUACUAUGCUAGUACCAAAAGAACAGGGAACUGGGAGGGAUGGGUUGGGGGGACAUUGGGUACUUUGGGGUGACAUACUAGUGAAGACUGACACAACAUCACCGUCAACAGUUGCCAGAGAACAACGAGAAAUGGAAUCAGGGCAGCAAUACGGAUUAGAGCAAGAUAUUCUCUUUGGAGUACGUGAAUUUUAUCUGGUCAUUUCAACCACACAAUUGGCUGGCGUCGUCUCUGAUUUUGUUUCAGCGGAUCCACUAGAUCUUUCGCCAUCCACUUGA